AUGAUGCGUGCAUCUCAGCCAUGUCGCGAUGCCCCACUGUGCAACAUCGCUCGCGGGCUGCAGCGCAUCGCCUCGGCAAUGCUCGCGAGCACUCGUGGGGUGGAGGCUGGUGUAGCCUCUGGUGCCACGUCCGCUACUUCAUGGACAGCAGACUCGGCCGAUGGAGCUGUAGGCCGUGGAGUUGCGCAGCGUUACGCGUCUUCUUCCCUGACGCUGCCGGUGGAUGUGGCAGAGGAUCUGUCGCAGCCAACGACACCGAAGGAUAUGCGGUACAAGCACGUGCCCUCCUCGCGGGUUGGUCGCGCGGCAGGCUUUGCCUCGCUCUUCAUGCAACUUGGCUGGGAGAAGAUGACCGGCAGCAUUCCAGCGAGCGGGCUGCUCUCCGAGCGCGGCCAUCAGCACAUUGUCGACACUCUGUGUCGCAUGCGGGGUGCCGUGCUGAAGCUAGGUCAGAUGCUGAGUAUCCAGGACGAGAGCACGAUUCCACCUCACGUCGCGGCCCUCUUUGAACGGGUGCGCGAUCAGGCGUUUGCGAUGCCGCCCGCUCAGCUUCACCACACGCUUGCCACUGAGUUCGGCAACGCAAAGUGGCGCACCGAUUUGUUCGACACCUUUGACGAUACCCCCAUAGCAGCGGCGAGCAUUGGCCAAGUGCAUCGUGCAACCUUGAGGCCUGGAGCAGCGGGAACUGACCCGACAGAGCCCCCCGUAGAGGUCGCGGUCAAGGUGCAGUACCCAGGUGUGGCGCAAAGUAUCGACUCGGAUGUGGCGAACCUGAAGAUGCUCAUGUCUUUGGGUGUGCUGCCGCCAGGUAUGUUUGUGGACAAGAUUCUGCAAGAGCUGCGCAAGGAGCUUAGCGCCGAAUGCCGGUACACCCUUGAGGCAUCGAAGCAGAUGAGGUAUCGCGACCUGGUCGCCGCUGACCCCGCUCUCUCAAGUCUCUUCUACGUCCCCCAAGUUUACCAAGCCAUCACCACUGAUCAGGUACUCGUCAGCGAGUAUGUGCGCGGAGUCACAAUCGACCAGCUCGGCAAGCGGCCUGGUGUUCCGCAGGAGCUGCGCGACUACAUUGCCGAGAGCUUCAUGGCGUUGACACUCAAAGAGUUGUUUGUGUGGCGGUUCAUGCAGACGGAUCCGAACUUCUCCAACUUUCUGUACAAUGCAAAGGACAAGCGAGUGUAUCUGCUGGACUUUGGCGCGUCUCGCGAAUACUCGAGAGAGUUCUUGGAUGAUUACCUCGAUGUCGUCACGGCAGCCGCCACUGGGGACCGCGAGUCGAUCAUCGCGAAGAGCAUCACGCUGGGCUUCCUCACGGGCCAGGAGGUGCAGGAGAUGCUCGACGCGCACUGCGCCAGUGUGCUACUGCUGGGGAAGCCGUUCCAGGAUCGAGCGCACCCCUUCGACUUUGCUGCGCAGAACUUGCCGUCCCUCAUUCAGGCAAAUGUGCCAACUAUGGUGAAGCUUCGCCUGCGCCCACCACCGUCGCCGGUGUAUUCGCUGCACCGGCGCCUCAGCGGCACCAUCCUCCUCGCGACCAAGUUCAGGGCGACCAUUCAGAGCGGAAGGCUCUUCUGGAACAUCCAUGACCAGCUGCGGAAGUGA